AUGAACCACUCGAAAGCUUCUGUGUCCAUCAUGAUGUCUGCAACAGCUGCUGGAGACAUACUACCCCCCUACGUGGUUUACAAGGCCCAAAACCUUUACGACACCUGGACUGAAAAUGGGCCACCUGGUACCCGAUUGCCAGUUGAAGAUUGUGGAGAAGAAGUGGAAAAAUCAAUUUUGGACUUACUUAAGGAGCUACGCUAUGGAACCACAACCGUCAAGCAAUCUACAAGGAAAAGGAAGUUAAAUGUGAUUGCUGGGAGAAGUGUUGGGGAUGGAACUGAAGGUAAAAAUUCUAGUGAUUAUGAUGAAACUGAAGAUUAUGUGGAUUCUGAAGACAGAGAUUUUAAAAAUAAAAAACGGAAAGAGGCUAGUAAAGGUACUGAGAUAUCUAAAAAAGGAAAGGGAAAAGGAAAAAAGUCCAAUAAACAAAAUGAAAGUAAUGCUAAAGAGAAUGUAAUUGAUCAAAAUGAAAAAAAUACUGAAGAGACGGAACAUAAUGAAGAAAAUGAAAAAAAAAUAUGA